AUGUUCAGCUCUAAAAACGGCGACUUCCAGGACAAGCCUCAUCUUCUGAUAGUCUCUAGUGAUAAACACUUCCCCAUCCCAGUAAGUUGGUGCCUCUGCUCGAUUACGAUGAUGGACAAGUGUCUCUAACUGUUUGAAAAACCAGACAGCUAACAUCGCCUUACUAGAAAUUCAGUGAGGAAUUUGUACAUCAGGAUCCCAAAAGCAAGUUACCACCUAAGGACUUUCAUCACAACAGACUUACCAACUGGAAUUUCAAUAGGGUUUUUGUUUGAGUUUACGGGUUUGCAAGUCAUGUCAUUAAAGUAACAGCAUCUGUGAUUAUACCGCUGAGUCAAGGUAAAAACGUACUGUAAGGGGCUAAACAACGAAUACUUUUCUGGACAAUGUAGUGUGUAAGUUUCGGCCUUGCUGAAAAAUUAUGGUCAUAGAUAAACGAUACAAAUCCCUCAAAGGGAAGACGGGAUUAAGAAGGAAUAUACACGCAGGUAAAAAAUACCAUUUGACGCCAAACUUGAAGUCAAAAAUACACGGCUUCUAAACGGAGUGAACUCUUUAGGGCGUGAAGGGGACCCGCCGAAUUGAAAAUAUUUCUGACACGAACAUCCCAAUAGAUUUGGACGUCGUUUGAGUCCAUCAGCCCAACCAAAGGAGAUGAUGAUUACUCGCAAGAGAAAUAAUAAGAAAAUGGACAAGCAAGUGAGGCAAAAUGCCAGAACGUUCCAGAACCCCUUGGGUGUGUCAACCGCAGUUGCGGUUCAGGAGAAGAAUCUAACGCAGCAGAUGAAUGCGGUUGAGGAUGCGGCCCAUAAGCGCCUGAAAGGAACAAAAAGCGGGUAUGCUACAUAUUCGCAUACAAUUAUGUUUAGUGUGCUGCAUAAACCGGCUGUUUUGGCUGUUUCCAAAAUCGCUGCAGUCCAGUCGCCAUCCAUAUCAACUGCACAGAGGUCACGCAUCAUCUAGUGUUACGUUUGAAAUUCCUGACCUCGUGGAGGCAUUCGAAUUAAGAUCGCCGAAAUUCCUUGUUGGCUUGAAGUACCAGGAAAGUUGUAUGGGAGUAAGACUUCAAUGUUUGUCAUAACGGAGGAGCAUAGAAGAAAGCUAUUUCAGAGAUCUUUUCUUUCCCGUAGCAAAUUGCCGCUGUCUAUGUCUAUGUGUUUUCUCUGAACGCUCAAUUAAUGAAAAAAUAUAUGUUUGGUAGACCGGCAGACCAUAUACGAGACGACUGACUUCCCCAUAUUCAGUAUGUGGAGGCAUACGUUCGAAAUAGAGAAAGAAAACAUAUGAUUGUUAGUGUAGAUUUCGUAUGCUUGAAAGAUCGCCGGCAUUUUGACAUGGCUUAUUACUAAAUCACGAUAUACUGUUUUCUCCAUUAUUAUUAUUAUUAUUAUUCGACCACAGUGGCAUUUGUGUACGCAAAAGGGUUCAUUGUUCUCCAGAGGUCCUCAACGUUUCCUUGAAAAUAUUUUGUGGACGAUGUCAGUGAAUCAAAAUAUCGUCGGUCUUUUGAAGUAGGGAGACCAAAAAUAAAAGUCCCGGCUUAUAAUGGGAAACCGUCAGCCCCAAAUUAAAACAGUUAGCGCAGGGCACCGCGUGCGUAAAUGCUUCUUCCCAACAGGGUAUCGUUCAAAAUCAGUUUAUUAACCAAAUGGGCACAUUUUCCGGAGAAAAUUGGUCCUUUUUACGUCCAGUCACUUCUCUGUGCUAAAACGUGCCAUAAAGAGAUUCUGCGUAUUUGGGCAUGUUUUUAGAUAGGGGACAUUAAUCUGAGCGCGGUAGGUUUAACAAAACAAACACCAUCGUCGGUAGGCUUGAUUUUUAUUCCCCAUAAAUAAAACUGGGCAAGAUCAGAAUAAAUAUAUCAUGUUCAAACAACGGAAACCCUGGCCUCACUAAAAACUUCAGUUUGUUUACUUGCGCACUUUUGUGUCCUAUCACACAAUAAUAAUUCCAAUGCGAAAUGUUUUUUUACCACAUUCGCAAUUUCUAAGUGUAUAUAAAAUAUUAUAAAGUUCGUCACGAAAUGUUCGAUCUCAUCUAGGCAAAAUUAACUUCCGUUUUUUUGUCGCCUGAUGAGCAAGUUGAAAAGCUGAGAGAAAAGUUGUGCUGUUUCAGUUGCUGGAAAAAUAUUUUUGUCUUAUGCAGCCCUUUAGUAGUACCCCGUGACUAUAAAAUAGAACGCGAGAUGGGGAACCAAAACGAUUUUAAAGUAAAAAGAAGAUGGCAUUGUUUCGUUUGUGGCAAGCAAAUUGUCAGUGUCAGGCAGGGAAAUAAAUGGAGGAGCAACAAUUUUCAAUUAAGCUCUGACAUUACUGCGAGAGAAAAAUGAUAGACGUGAACAUUCUUUUAUUGUAUGCCACAUCAAAGCACCGUUUAAAAGUAAAACCUAUCAAUUAAGGUCCGCCAUAUUUUCCAGUGGCCGAGCAGUGAUAUCAAAAAGCCACCGGGUAUUCACUGAGAUUUCAGAGAUGCCUUGAAGCGAUAAAUCCUCCCGUUCUCAGAAAGUACAUAGUGAUUUAACGGCUUGGGAAUUCUCCUAACGCACGGAAGGUGGUAUGCUCAUAAGUGCACUUGCCGAGGAUGUUUCGACUCCUUAGUAACUGACCGUCCCCUCUACAAGGGACUCAGGAAAAAUGGCUGACAUCUAAAGACCAUACGCAGAAAAUCAUUCUCAACCGAAUUAAACUUUUCGAAAAAUGAUAAAAAAUAGACGUUUAGCCAAAUUUCGAAAUUAAAUUUUUCUUGACAUACUCCAUGCAUUGGCAAUUCUCGGGAGAUAUUCAAAAAUCCCUUAGCUGUUGCCAAGUCUGCGCUGUAUAAUUUAUUAAGCUGUCUGAGUUGACAUAAAUUGUGCAUUUCCAAAAAUACCGUUUCCCAAUGUGGCACGAAUGUUUGCGUCCAAACCAACUCCAUGCCCCUUAAGCCUUUGUUACUUCAACCGAUAGCACAUCAUAAUUGAUGAUGUUCACGUGUUUUCACUUCACAGAUAGUCGUUGACUCUUGAUUGGACAUCCGUGCCCAUGUAUUUAGACCAGUUCCCGAGUGUUUGUAAACUUAUGAGCUAUUUCGCAAAUAUUUGCUGACUUAGGCAACUAGCCGUGAAAAGAUGCCUUCAUUAAGACAAUUUUGACCGCCUUAUACAUGUGCAAAAAUAUUUUUUGCUUAAAAAGGGUGUGACAAAGCUACUUCACCCAGAGCAGGAUAUUUUCCAAACGUCGUUUCAGUAGAAAACGCUCUUUUUGUGAUUGCCUGUACCUAACUACACCUGUAUUUUGCCUUUUUAUUUGAACUACUGCUGGCUUUUAAAGCCCUGUAUUCAGCCAUGAUUAUGUCCUUUUUGGUUCAUUUAUGUUUGUUAAGGUCAUCGUUCUUUAAACUCAAACUUCCUUAUUUAUACGCGAAGAAGAUUGAAGAUCUUUUGUCCAGUUUCCAGUAACAAUUGCUAGAACGUGAGUUUUAAAAUGUCCAAACACCGUACACGGAUUUUUCCAACCUAAAAACCCGUGUCCGUUUAUAAGAAUUCUGCAAGUAAAUAGUACGGUUUUCCUCAGCUCGUCUUUAAUCGAUAAAACACGCGCCCCUCCUUCUCGUUCUUCUCCAAUACCUCAAUGUCAUAAUUCGUAGAGUCACGAUCAUUUGCUGAAUUGGUGCAUUAAAUUUCAUGCGGCAACAUAAAAAAUGCGAAACGGAAACGCUGCUGUGUGUCGCACUUUGUCAAUCCAACUCCCUUGCAUGUAAAUUAAAAGAUUACUUUUAUCAUGAAUACAAUGCGUGCUUUUGCCGAGGAUAAAUUCCGCUACACAACCAGCAAGCUUAUUACUGCUUCACGGUGUGAAUGAAUUACAAACAGAAGAAAGAUCAUUUUACUUUUGCUUAAUCCCAGCAGAAAUGUCGUUGGGACCCAAAUGGAGUCAGUCUGGGGGUAAAAAUGAGAACAUUUGCGGAUACUUCGCUUAAAUAGCGCUUGCGUCUGUUAUUGCUCAGAGCAUGAGAAUCCAUCAGAGACGUGGAAAGUCGAAAAUGUGGCUUCUGCCUCGAGGCAGACACUGUCUUCGGGAGUAUCCUCAAGAAAUCUUUCAAAUAAUCAUCAAAAAUUCGUGCUUGGCUGUUGGUCGAAUAACAUCACCUUCAGUGGAAUGGUCGUUUAAAUUUUUUCAGAUAAAAAAGUUGAAAUUUUGACAAAAAGCCUGCAAAUUCUAGUCAAAAAAACAAGAGGUGAUUUUGACAAAAUCGCACAUUAUUCGGUAUUUCCUAUGACUGACUGGCUCUUUGAAAACCAGACCAGUCCACCUUGUAGUCCGCGAUGAAAAGAUUUUAAGCGAAGCCGGGAAACGAGAAAGAGCCUGUUGUGGUCGUCCCACAGCAAAAACAUUCCCUAAGAUGUGAUGCCUUUGUUUACGUCAUUAGGGAUUGAUGCAAAUCAGAUCCAAAAUCCAAGGUAUUGAGGCGACAAUCGCAGUUCGCCCUUUGGGAGGAGGAGGAGGAGGGCUCAUUUAGACUCUAAGUGUACUGUUGAUUUCGCCCACUAUUUGUUUGCUGCGACUUGGUUUUCACCAAAAGUACAUUGAAAAAAGCAAACGACAUUUGACGUACAGUGCGUGACCUAUCUCAUGAAAUGUUGGCUGAAAUUCUCUUUAAUGGCAUGGAAAAAUAUGGGAUUUUCUUUACGCGGAAAGCAUGCACCUUGUAGAGUUUAAUCACUAAGCGCCAGUGCAACGAAUGAUCAGGCUCCAAAUUUUUCAGCAAUUAGAAAACUUUUUAAAACCCAAUUAUACUCCUUUCUGAAGUAUAAUAUAUAAAGAAGACGUUAUUCUCUAUUGAUUGACUAAAAGAUAGCACAUUUUUGUUUAUGGUUUCUAUAAAAUAUAUUUCAAUUUCCAGGACUAUCGAAAAUCAAUGGGAAAAAUGCAUGCUACAUAAGCAGUCAUUUUUUACCGAGCACGCUUUCUACAGGAGAUUGAAAAGAAGUGCAUUUUAAAGCAGACAUCCUGCUGAGUCCGAAACGUUAUAAGAGUGUGCCUUAAGAUAAUCAGUAUCACAACCGCGACCAAGUAAUCCUUCCUAAUCGAAAACGCAUUUCAAAAUUUCAGCCAACAUUUCAUGAGAUAGGUCACGCACUGUACAUUGAAAAAAGCAAACGGCAUUUGACGUAGUGUUCGCUCAUAUGAGUAGUUUGAAUUAUCAGCCAGAUCAAUAAACGCGCUGAACCUUCCUCUUUGUGACUUGGAAACAAAAACUGGCUCGCACGAAGCCUCUGACGCAUUUCUGGGGGAUCAGUUUGUGAUUUCAUUUAGUCAAGACCACUUUGUCCUGAAGAAGACAGUCAGGCGCUUUCGCGCAUCCAGAUGAGAAGAUAUGACCUCAGGAGCAAAGCAAUCAUUGUCUACGCCCUCAGCACCACACUGCUUUUCAAAUCAGCCAGCCGACGUCGGACGGAGAGCGGGUGGCCAAGGCAAGUUGACAGUCGUCACUAUGACAACGACCACACUCGCUCCUUGAUGGCGUGGCGGAUGACCUUGGUGUUAGUCACGUGUCAGUAGAGCAAUACAGAGACUUUAGUAAACGGAGACGCGUGGUCCUUUUUCUCAGUGAGAAGGAAUUUUUCUACCUAAAAGCAUGACCUACCACCAAUGUGCAGUUUGGAAUGAUCAUUAGUUUGCUUUUAUCUUAUCUGUACUCUAGACUUUUUUCGAAUAUUUUACCCGCAUUCAAAUAUCCAUUCCUAACUGACAAAUUUGGAAGCUGUCUUAUCGAACCUACAAACUGAGUAGCUCGGCAACCGUAAGAAUAUGCAAGACCGCUUACUUGUUUUAAGGUAAAACGACUGAAUUUAUUUUGAGAUACGUUCUGUAGAUACCAACUUCUUGAUAUGUGUUUGCUUAAGAACCAACUAAAGAGUGGACACGUUUUUAAAGGUCCUUCCCAUGAUGCACAAUUUAUCUAGUAUCGGUGUCAAAAAGCAGUUGAAAGCUCGCUGGACGUAAGUUUGACUGUUUGGUUGGAAGACAGUGAUUUGAACAGAUGGAACAAUUUUCGCUUGAAAGUCGGUUUGGUUUGAUCUACCUAAGAUCCAUAAGGAAGGCCUGCCAGUCUGUCCGAGUUUAGACAUGCGAAACUCUCCGUAUCAUGCCAUAGUAAAGUGGCAAGAAAAGAAAUUCAAGCCCCUACAGCGUCAGCUAUCACCACGCAACUAGCGAGAUACCUUUGGAUUCAUUAAAGACGUUAAAGACCUUAACCUCAACGGCAUGAUGAUGUUCUCGCCGGACGUCUCAUCACUUUUUACAAAAGCUCCCGUUACCGAGGCAGUUGAAUACAUCUGUGAAUUUCUAUCAAACAAUCAGCAUGAAAUUGGAAUUCCGACGAAGACACUCAAGGAACUAUUACUAAGAUGCACACUAAACGUCCAGUUCCUGUUUGACAACCAACUCUAUAGACAAAUAGACGGCGUUGCUAUGGCCUCGUCUCUUGGGCCUCUCCUAGCCGAUGUCUUCAUGGGCAGAUUUGAGAGGUUCCAACUAAGCGAUCAGUUCAAAAAACUUAAACAUUACGGCCGCCACGGUAGAAACGAAUUAGAUGCCCUCUUAAAAACUGCAAAUCAAGCACACCCCUCUAUCAAAUAUACGUUGGAGAUCAAAACAAUCAGUUCGCUUCCUUUCUUAUAUGUUCUUCUAAGGAGGGGACCAGACGGGAGUGUCCAAAGAAGCGUCCACCGGAAGAAAACCUGGUCUGGAAAAUACACAAACUUCGCUAGUUUCAUACCCCCACAACAAAAACGAAAUCUAGUCCGAUGUUUGGCACAAUGAGCUAGAAAAAUUCGCUCAACAGAUAGCAUAUAGAAGGAACUUAGAAAAAUCAAGGACUUCCUGCGUGAAAACGGGUACCCGAAUAGGUUUAGUGCAAAGAAUAUGGCCGAACGACCUGUAAAAACCGCCACAUCGACGGCCGAAAAGAAAACUCUGUUCUUUUUAGUCCCUUUUCAAGGGGACGCUGCAAGUGAACUCCUAAAGAGAUGCCUUGAUCAAGCUGUUUCGCGAACCUUCCUAGCGGCAAGGAUUCAAGUAUCCUUCUCUACUAACCCUAUUUUACGCGGAGAAGGUAAGGAUAAGUUGUCACCCCAGACCACUUCAAUCUGCAUCUAUUCCUUCAUUUGCUCCUGUGGAGCAGGUUAUAUUGGUCGAACGAGUCGGCGCUUAUCCAAGAGAAUACAGGAACACCUCCCUACAUGGCUGGUAAAAGGCGAAAUUAGGAGCAUAAGCAGCGCCAUUCUCGCGCAUGUCUUUGAUUCCGGACAUCAUGUAGGCCUCAAGGAAGAGUUUCCUGUGAUCUAUAAGGUCCCAUCGAGCGAUCCUAAAUCACUGGGACAGAGCCUGUUAGCAACAGCAGAGGCGGCCGCUAUCAGGUUGCGAAAACCAAUCUUGUGCGCACAGAAGAACCACGUUCAGGCUCCGCGCCUACAGUGGUCGAAGGUCGACUAAAGCCACAACUCUCACGCGCCCUUCCGCUCUCACCCCGGCCCCUGCAGUGACUGCUAUUACUCCCCCCCCCCUCCCCCACAUUCGCACACCCAGUCUGUGUUUGAAGGCGAACUUUAAUCGAUUUAUCUUAUCACUGACGUGUUUUUACUUCUACCCCCUUAUCAUAUAAAUGUACUGGCCCGACGAGAAUUUAUCGAAAGUUAUGUAUGCUCGCCACCUCGUUUCCCGAGUAUAAAAGUCGUCAAAUGCUUUGUCCUCACUUGCUUAAAUGCACGCAUAACGCCGAUACAGUCACUUCUUGUGCCAGUUUUUUUUAACUGCGAGGAGUUCAGCUCCGAAGUAGGCUCUUCAGCUUUCCAAUUUUGGUUUCUGUUACAAGAGGUUUUAAAAAGCAGCGUUCUACGAGUUAGCCACGGAUGUUCCGACAAACGUGGUCAUAGGGUGUUUGGGACUGUCAGACUCGAUCAGGAUUCUUUUUAGAGCGGUUUUACUAGAGCAUUAGACGCUUAUUUCUUCAGAAGAUUAUUACUGACAAAGACAAGGGAGACUGGAAUGGCCAUUUCUGGCUUAUUAGCCGUCGUCAGCCAGUCAUGCCCACCCCGAAGUGUGACACACUCGAGGCUCGAACUCGCGACCUGUUAGUUAGAAGUCCAACGCCUCUAACCACUGGGCCACGAUCCCGUUGCUCUGUCGGUUUUCGAUCGGGAAUAUACCGUGGUAGGGUGCGCUCACCGAUCGUUCUUACGGAACUCACUCGUUCCGUUGUGCCCUAUGGGCCCUCUCUCUAGCCCAACCAGCAGCCGCAAAGCGGCGCAUGUUAUAGGCAGAAGGUACAUCGACUUUUGAUGCAAUCACACGCAUCAUCACAUAAAAUCGUUCAAAAAUACUGACCGAACUUUCGAUCCGCGUCUAAAAGGAUAGUAAGUAAUUGUUAUUUUCGCAGUGUCUUAUGAACAAUUUUACAUGCUAAGUAAUUUGUGUAGUCGUUAUUAAUUAUUGUAUAAUCUGCCCCCUUCCUACCAUCAUACAACUGACCGGCUUGGGCAGGGGCUGCGGCCUGGAAUGGGGAAGCUUUCGUGGUUUGCUAGAAGCCGUGGCUUUAGAUGUUGUCAAAUUACAAAAUAAAUCGGAACUCGUUGUCGGCCCUGUGUGUGCCCCCAAACGGGCCGCGUGUUUGAUGCGCUGGACCAACACGGGGGCCACAUCGGAUUCUGGCAGGAGUUAUCUUGUCCAAUAGCAAAUGCCAACCUGUAGGAUGUGCGCUGGCGCACCCUGUUGUCGGCAGUCGUCGCACAACUGGGACCACUGAUACCAGCCCAUUGUUUUGGCGGUCCAAAUCCUGGUCAUUUGUUGUGUGGACCAGGGGGAGUGCGGAGUGGAGCGCCAAGGUGAGGAUCCGUCCGAGCCAUCCACCUGCAGCCUCCUUCGUCUCCGGUCUUCUUGGCUCUGUCUUGACACCGAGCUCAGGCGGGGGAGGAGGAGAGAAUGUGGUAGAUGCAGCGAAAGUCUACUGGCACUAUAAACCCCUGCGCAAGUCACCAUCCCUUCUCUCCCACCACUGCUGUAGGGCAUACGGUGGACAUCGUCGGAUGCGACGGUCUUCCUAACCCUGCCUUGAAAAUGGGUCCAGUUGGGGGAGGAGGAAGGGGAGGAGGAGGAGGAGGGAGUGCGGUAGAUGUUGCGCAAGUCUGCUAUCAUAAUGAAAGCACAAGCCACCGUGCCUGCUAUAUCUCGCCGUGUAGCACACGGUGGGCAUCGUCGGAAUCUACAGUCGAGCUUUCGUGUUUGUGUGUGGUCUGGAAGCGUAUGCUAUGCCAGUAUCAGCAAACUAUGGCUCUCGCAACCUAGUGUGCUCUGACAGUUCCCUGACAGCUGGUUCCCCACCGGUACAUGCGCCUAGGUACACAGGUAGUGGGCAUGGCUGCACAGUCAUUCUGGCUGAACUUUCUAUCCGCGUCUAAAAAAGAUAGAAAGUAAUUGCUAGUUGUGCAGUGCCUUAUGAAUAAUUGUACAUGUUAAAUAAUUGUUGAAUACUCGUUAAUAAUUAUCGUAUAAUCUGCCCCCAUUCCUAACACCAGACAACUGGCCUGCUUGGACAGGGGCUGCGGCCUGGAAACGGGAAGCUAGCACGAGGUGCUUGAAGCCUUGGCUUUGAAUGUUGUCAAAUUACAAAAUAAAUCGGAACUCGUAGUCGGCCCAUUGCGUGUGUAAAGCACGCGCCCUCCCCCGCCUCCGGUCAUCCUUACUCCGCCUUGACACCGGGCCCAGGUGGGAGGGAGGAGGUGGGAGUGCGGCAGAUGUCGCGCAAGUCUGCUAUCACCAUAAACUAAUUCACGUGCAAGCCACCGUCCCUGUCACACCUUGCCGAGUAGCGCACGCUGGGCAUCGUCGGAAUCUACAAUCGAGCCUUCCUGUUUGUGUGUGGUCUGGAAGCGUAUGCUAUGCCAGAAUCAGCAAACCAUGGCUCUCGCAACCUAGUGUGCUCUGACAGUUCCCUGACAGCUGGUUCCCCACCGGUACAUGCGCCUGUGCUCCCCCCAGGUACACAGGUAGUGGGCAUGGCUGCACAGUCAUCCCCGUCGUUAUGGCCCCUGGUGGGGUGUCGAUGCUGUUGUUGGUGAAAAACCCUGGUCAUGUGUAUUUUGUGGAUCAGGGGUUGUGUUGACACGCCGAGGUGCGGCUGCGGCCGUGCCAGCCACCUGCACCCUCCCCCGUCUCCGGUCAUCUUGACCCUGUCUUGACACCGAGUCCAGGCGGAGGGGGGAGGAGGAGAGAGUGCAGUAGAUGCUGCGCAAGUCCACUAUCACCGCCGUGCCUGCUGCACCUACCUGUGUAGCACAUGGUGGACAUCAUCGGAAUGGACGGAGUGGCGGAUUUGCGGACUGAGAUUCAGGCUCCACUGGCCCGAGGGUGCAUUCAGGUCGCUUUGCCCUUCACCGGAAGGCGGAAAAACGUGUUGGUCGGGGUGAGGCGGUGUUCUGUGUGGGUUCGUAUGAGGGACAGGCCAUUGUCAUUUUGAACGCCGAGAGCAAGGGUAUCCGGCACUCCUCUCCAGGCAGCAUGGUCUGUGCCGAGGCGGGUGUUGAAGUCACCCAGAACAAUCCACUUGUCCCCCUUUGGCACAGACGCCAGGUGGGCGCGCAGCUCCUCGUAGAAUUUGUCCCUUGAAGCGUCACAGCUGGUCAUCGGGAGAGCGCACACACUGACGAUGGCAGCGAAUUUGUCCCUCUGGAGAGAAAGGCGGAGGCUUAUCAGGCGAUCGUUGAUUCCCUGCGGCACAUACACAUGCGCACACGACAGUUCGACCGUCGUUGCCGACUACGUCCACCGUGUGUCCCACAGCAAAGUGAGAUAGUGACGGUGACUUGCGCGUGAAUUGUUUUAUGGGAUGGGAUGACUUGCGCAGCAUUUAGCACACCCUCUCCUCCCCCAACGUCCAGAACCCCGUGUCAAGAAGACCGGAGCUGGAGAGGGCGCAGGUGGCUGGCACGGCCUGACCCGCCCUUAGGCGUACCAGCACACCCCGUGGGAUGGCCAGAAUCCCAGCGUGCACUGUGAGCUCUAAACUGGGCUCGCCACCACAUCGAGCAUUUUGGCAUUUGCUAUCAGUGUUCAUCCACGAUAACACCUGCCAGAGCCCAAUGCGGUCGCCGCAUUGGCCCAGCGCGUCUACAGCCAGGCCAGUUUAGGACCAUAAAUACACAUAAACAUACGACAGUUCGACCGCCUUUGCCGAAGUUGACCACCGUGUGCUCUACAGCAAAUUGAGAGCAGAGACGGUUACUUGAGCAUGAGUUAUUUUACAAUGCUGAUACAGUUGCACUGCAUCUAACACACUCUCUCCUCCCCCACCGAAGCCCGGUGUCGCUGCAGAGCAAAGAAGUGUGAAGGCAGGAUAGGAUGCAGGUGACUGGCAUGGUGUACUUCCAUGCCCUGUGGUCUACAACAUACACUGACCAGGAUUUUAUACAUUACGAAAAAAUUAGGAGGGGCCGCCUGGAUCCCAGUGGGAGCAACACGAUCCUGCACCUGGUCCUGCUACGAAUUCCCAGACGUUGGCAUUUGUCGCGGAUGCGCAUUACCGUUACUCUGACGAGAAUGGUAAUGUUCUCACUAAUUAACGAGUUAUACCUCACUACCCCCUAGUCUUAAAGGCAGCAAGUAAAACUGAGCAGUGAAUAAUAUAGAGAUGCUGAAUGUUAAGUAACCUGAAAACAGAGCGCGACAGCUACGCAGGCCAGCAAGGCGGGUUGUACAGGUGUGUCGUUUCUCGUCACAUUCAAACAAGCAAUCCAGUCAAAGAAAAUGGAACUAAAUUGUCAAAGAUAAAUUAGUCCGGUACCUCAUCACAACCGCCUGCCGGACUCCGAUUGAGCCCAUGUAUUGGUCCAGUGACUCUGUCGCGUGGCCCGUUUCAGGGUCACAACGCACGUACACACACCACGUUCCGCGUCCGUCAGGGCCUCCAGGAUCAUUGGUGCACUUCAUUAAAGUCUGGAAGGUAAAUUGUCUUAGGUACCGGAUUGAAAAAAAGGACCUUAUUGCCCCGUGAACUGAGCAAUAGCCUUUGAAAAAUGAAACUGAACGAAAAAACAGUUGACGCUUUCAAGGAUAUACUGAGAUUAUUUUUGGCACUAAAUGCGUUUACAUAAGACUGCAGAUAGUUUGCGACCGUCGGAGUCGAGUUAGCAAGGACUCGUUGUCAUGAGUUUGGGGACCUGGGAGUGAUCGGAAUGGAGCACGCGCGCUAUUUCUUCACGGCUCGGACUGCUGCUUAUCUCUGAGAAAUCGAUUCGCGUGACAAAAAGGGUUAAAGAUAACUGCUGUGAGAUUUUACCAAGAGCACUUUGGGCACAGAACUCGGGAAAGAGGAUAAAACGACACUAACCUAGUGUAACUAAUGGUUUCUAGCAUUGACAGCAUUUUACUGAGAGAGAGAGAGAGACGAUGGUAUGGAGUAAAUGUUAGGGAACAGAAGACGUUUUCUGAAGCUGAACGGAGACGUGGAAUCUUCUCACCGAGCUAACCCAUCCAGGCUUGUCGUCCGUGAGAAUUAAUUAAUACCACAUCUUUCGCGAUAAACCAUCUGAGAGUAACUUAGCCUGAGUGAAGUCUUUACAGGGAUUACAAGGCACAUUCCAAUUUACCAAAAUGCGCUUACCAUGUGCGAAAACCAUCUCAGUUAGAUAAAAUCAAUAAGUAGAAGAUUCGAUGGACAACGGCAGGGUGAAGAACCCCAAAUGGCUGUCGGCGGACUGUGGAUCGUGUGCGAAAUCUAGUCAGAUGCCAGUGAGUGACAGCGGUACCCAUGAGCAGAGAAACAAAUAACGGAGCUAUUAACUAAGCAUGAAUUGAGGGAUGACAGAAAUGGCUGCCAGAGGAUGGGUUCAGGUGUUCUAUGGUCGGGCAGUCGUUCGAGAUGAAAGGCCAUGGAAUAUCAAGCUGGACGCCGUUUCUCCAUACAUUCGUCAUUUUAUUUGAGGGCGUCGUUUUUGGCACCGACCGUCUUCUGUGUUUUCCUGCAUUUCAUCAGCUUACUGUCCAGCGUGCUACCCCAUUCGUUAACCCUCUCCCCCUACUACCACCGUUCCCGUAUGACACGAUAGACCAGCACGGGGGGGCCACACCCGAUCCUGGCAGGCGUUAUCCAGGCGCAAUAACAAAUGCCAACAUCUAGGGGAUGCGCUUGCAGACCCUGUUGUCGGCAGUCGUCGCACAAACUGGAACCACUGCCAUCCCCCAUUGUCUUGUCGGUCAAAAUCCUGGUCAUUUGUUGUGUGGACCUGGAGGUGCGGAGUGGAGCGCCAUGGUGCGGAUCCGUCCAAGCCAUCGGUCGUCUCCGGUCUUCUUGACCCUUUCUUGACACCGGGCUCAGGUGAGGAGGAGGAACAAAUGUGGUAGAUGCAGCGCAAGUCUAUCGGCACUAUAAACACCCGUGCAAGUCACCGUCCCUGCUCCCACCCUGCUGUGGGUCAUACGGUGAACAUGAUCGGAUACGACGAUCGAACUGCUGUGUAUGUGAGGUCAAAAGGUCUUAAAGCGUGUGCUAUGCCAGUAUCAGCAAACCAUGGCACUCGUAGACUGAUAUGCGCCAGCAGUUCCCUGGCACCUGGUUCGCUGCCGGCAGAUGCGCUUGCGAUCCCGCUGGGUAUACAGAUGGUGGGCAUGACUGCGCAGUCAUCAUUCUCGUCCUUCUGACCCCUGGUGGGGUGUUUUUGUUGCUGGUGAAAAACCUGGUUAAGUGUAUUUUGUGGACCUGAGGGGUUUAGUGGCACACCUAGUUGCGGACUCGACCGUGCCAUCCACCUGCACCCUCCACAGCCUCCUGUCUUCUUGACUCUGGGUCAGAUGUGGUUAUGUAACCCCACUUGAAGUAAACACACCCCAACCACCUGUAAUACGGGAUCGGCGGUAAUAGGGGUUUUCACAGGUUGGGCCGGGGAGCGCACAGACGACGAGGUCAAGUGGUUGUAUGCAAAACGAAAGCUAUCGGGAAUGCGCGGUUGUACUUUGAGUGCUUGGAAAAUAGUUGCCCUGACCCCUAAUCCUAGCCCCUGACGCUAACCCCUCACCCCAACCGCAACAGUAUUCUGUCAGUCAGAUGGGGCUACAUAAGAAAGUCAGCGUGUCUGCUUCAUCUUACUGUGGAGUAUACGCUGGGCAUCGUGGACAACGACGGUCGAACUAUCAUGUGUGUGUGUGUUCUCUUCUGGAGUGGUCGACCCAGGGCAGAGCGACGGGACGCGGGCGUCGCCUUCGCCAUCCGGAACGACAUCGUAGGACGACUGCCCAGUCUGCCGCAGGGCAUAAACGAUCGCCUGAUGAGCCUCCGUCUGCCUCUCCGCGGUGGGGGCAAAUUCGCCACCAUCAUCAGCGCCUAUGCUCCGACGAUGACCAACCCGGACGCCGCCGCCGUCGCAAGAGACAAAUUCUACGAGGACCUGCACGCCCUCUUGGCGACUGUGUCGAAGGCGGACAAGUUGAUUGUCCUUGGUGAUUUGAACGCCCGCGUAGGCACAGACCAUACUAACCCCUCACCCCAACCGCAAUAG